AUGACACUUGAAACAUACACGACCUCAAACAAACUAUUUCGUCUGUAUAUGUCUGAAUCGGUAGCUGUUAUAGGGGCAGGGUUAGUAGGCUGUCUUGCUGCAUUGGCAUUAUCUAAAGAGGGAUAUCAAGUCACACUUUAUGACUUUAGACAUGAUCCAAGGUUGGACACCACUCAAAAUAAAAACUUGAAAUCCAUCAAUUUGGCGAUCUCUGCCCGAGGCAUUGAUGCACUGAAAUCGGUAGAUUUUGGUGCGUGUGAACGCAUUUUGCAAGAUAUGAUUCCCAUGAAAGGCCGAAUGAUUCAUGAUUUGAGGGGUGAGCAGGAAUCUCAAUUGUAUGGCUUACAUGGAGAAGCCAUCAAUUCCAUCAAUAGAUCUGUAUUAAAUAAUAAACUAUUGGAUGAAUUAGAAAAGACUACAGCAGAGCUAAAAUUCGGUCAUAAGUUGGCCCGAAUCGAAUGGACCGAUGACAAGCAAAUAUGUCAUUUUGCUGCUGAGGAAGAUUCGAAGGUACCAAAUAUAGAAAAAUUCGACUUCAUCAUAGGUUGUGAUGGUGCUUACUCUGCUACAAGAUCACAGAUGCAACGUAAAGUUGAGAUGGAUUAUUCGCAAGAAUACAUGGAUUUACGUUAUAUUGAGCUUUAUAUCCCCGCCACCAAGGUAUCUAAGCAGGAGUAUGGAGGGAAUUUUGCCAUAGCGCCCGACCAUUUACAUAUUUGGCCUCGUCACAGGUUCAUGUUAAUUGCUCUGGCCAACAGCGACGGCUCGUUUACUUCGACAUUCUUUGGGCCUAAAGAUCAAAUUUCAGAUUUGAUCACUUCAGAGUCACGUGUGAAGAACUUUCUAGUCGAGAACUUUCCUGAUAUUGUAAAUAUUAUGGAUCUGGACGACGCUGUAAAAAGGUUUAUCACAUAUCCUAAGGAGAGUCUUGUUUGCGUGAAUUGUAAACCAUACGACGUUCCCGGUGGGAAAGCCAUCCUACUAGGUGACGCAGCACAUGCAAUGGUACCAUUCUAUGGCCAAGGCAUGAAUUGCGGGUUCGAAGAUGUGAGAAUUCUAAUGGAACUGUUGAAAAAGCACUCAGGUGAUCGUUCAAGUGCCUUUGUUGAGUAUAGUCAAACAAGACACAAAGACCUUGUUUCUAUUACCGAACUGGCAAAGAGAAAUUACAAGGAAAUGUCACAUGAUGUUACGUCGAAGCGUUUCUUGUUUAGGAGAAAGCUCGAUGCUCUAUUCAGUGUCAUGAUGAGGGAAAAAUGGAUACCUCUGUACACAAUGGUAUCCUUCAGGUCCGAUAUUUCGUACUCCAAAGCGUUAGAAAGGGCUGGGAAACAGACCCGAAUCUUGAAAUUUUUAGAAUCUUUGGCAAUCGGGAUAUUAUCCGUCAGUAGUUUCAAGCUUUUCAAGUUUUUGGCCAGAGAGCGGUCCUAG